AUGGCUGAAAAUCAUAAUGGGGAUGGUAGAGGUCGUGAAAGACGCACUUUGGAAGAUUAUGCAGCGUUCACAGGCCAUAUUAACUUCAACAGUAUUGCUAGGCCAACCGUCAAUGCCACCAACAUGGAGAUGAAGCCAGCUCUUAUCCAUCUGGUGCAGAGUAAUCAGUUCAAUGGCCUGUUUCAUGAGAAUCCCUACACUCAUCUGGCCACAUUCUUAGAGAUAUGCAAUACUGUGAAGAUCCAUCAAGAUGAUGUGGUUGCAAAGUUCUUGAGCAAAUAUUUUCCCCAGUCCAAGGUUAAUAAGGGAAAACAGGAAAUCUCGGCAUUUCAACAAGAUAUGGAUGAGUCCUUGGGCCAAGCAUGGGAUAGAUUCAAAGGACUGCUGAGGAAAACUCCCGUUCAUGGGUUUGAUCAACCUACACAGCUCACUCUUUUCUUGGCAGGACUUAAAUCCCAGUCAAAGCUUAUGUUGGAUGCCUCUGCUGGUGGGAGUAUCAAGUGGAAGACGCCAGAGGAAGCGUAUGAGUUAAUAGAGAAUAUGGCAGCUAAUGAUAAUGAAGCCUAUACUGAGAGAGCCCAUUCUCAAAAGAAGGGUAUUCUAGAGCUUCAAUCUCAAGAUGCUCUAUUGGCUCAAAACAAGAUUAUGACUCAGUAG